CGUUGGUGCCUGUCUUCGAGACGCGUCCUGCCGCGCUUGCUAAUCAACACCAUCACAUGCCUCGCAAUCCACGCCACCGCUCAUUGAAUUCGUCGCCAGUGUUGUGUAGCCCAUUCUGUUUGCUCCUAAGACGGUUGAAAUAAAGGAAAAUACAAAAUGAGCGAAGAGCACGAGGAGUCCAUGAUGGGCGAGGAGCAGAUGACCUCGCCCGGUGCGCCGACGCCACUUUCGGCCCUCGAGGGAAUUGCCGGCCUGACCAAGCGCGACAUUCAGCUCAUCGUCGAUGGCGGUUUCAACACGGUCGAGUCGGUCGCGUAUACUCCGCGUCGAAUGCUAGAGCAGAUCAAGGGUAUUUCGGAGCAAAAGGCAGCCAAAAUUCUGGGCGAGGCCUCAAAGCUGGUCCCAAUGGGCUUCACGACGGCGACCGAAAUGCACCAACGGCGAAGCGAACUCAUUUCCAUCACGACUGGAUCCAAGAAUCUCGACACUCUGCUCGCCGGUGGUAUCGAGACUGGCUCAGUGACCGAGCUGUUUGGAGAGUUCAGGACAGGAAAGAGCCAAAUCUGCCACACGCUGGCGGUAACGUGUCAGCUGCCCUUUGACAUGGGCGGCGGCGAGGGAAAGUGUUUGUACAUUGAUACCGAAGGUACAUUCCGGCCCGUUAGGCUAUUAGCCGUCGCCAAUCGAUUUGGCCUGUCGGGGGAAGAGGUCCUCGACAACGUGGCCUACGCGCGCGCGUACAACUCGGAUCACCAGCUGCAGCUGCUGAACCAGGCCGCCGCCAUGAUGUGCGAGACGCGAUUUUCCUUGCUCGUCGUCGACAGCGCCACCGCCCUGUACCGGACGGACUUUUGUGGGCGCGGCGAGCUCUCGAACAGACAGACGCACCUCGCCAAGUUCAUGCGGACGCUGCAGCGGCUGGCAGACGAAUUCGGCAUCGCCGUUGUCAUCACGAAUCAGGUCGUCGCACAGGUCGACGGCGGACCAAGCGCCAUGUUCAACCCUGAUCCGAAGAAGCCCAUUGGCGGCAAUAUCAUUGCCCACGCCAGUACAACCCGUAUCAGCUUGAAGAAGGGCCGUGGCGAGACACGUGUUGCCAAGAUCUACGACAGCCCCUGCUUGCCAGAGAGCGACACGCUGUUUGCCAUCAAUGAGGAUGGCAUUGGAGAUCCGUCGCCAAAGGACAUGGAGAAGGAUUAGGUUUCGGGCCGCGAGCAACGAGCAAACACGGUAAUGAUGGAACGAAGACGGGCUUGUCCAGCCGGGCCGCGCAUGGAUCAUGGCGUUUGCAUUUAUGUGCUUAAGAAAUUGAGUGUCUAGAAUUUCCGCACAAAUAGUAAUCUUCAGCUUGUUCGCGAU